AUGCCGAGCUUUGACUCCACUCCGUUCGCGUGGGAGAGUGUGGAGGACAUUGCGGAGUGCAUCCACUUUGAUCUUCUUCGAUUCUUUUUGUCGUGUCAUCUCAAAGAUGAACAUCGAGCAGGAAUGUUCAGCAUUCUCAAUGUUGCCCAGGACCCGGGCGAUCGCACGGCGUCAAAGUCGUCGGCUGAUCGAGCAUGCGAUCAAUGCAAGCUCCGGAAAGUAAAAUGCACAAUGGCAAAGCCAUGCAAGCCGUGCGAAGCAAAGCGGAUAUCGUGCACAUAUGAUCGAGCCAGGAAGAAACGUGGUCCGGCUGGAAAGCGCAUGUCGAUGCCCGGGUCAUUUGAACGACCAGCCUCUGUCAGUGACCUUGGUCUCACAAGUCCGCCACUGCAGCCGCUCGAAAGGGUGACGACAGCACCUGUGCAUCAGCAGACACCACAGUGGCCUGCGCAAGAUGUUAAUGGGGAGGCGACGAGUUGUAGCGCCACUGUAUCUACACACCAGUCAGCAGAGAGAGUGCGUACAAUGAUACAGCAAGAGCAGUUGACGCCGGACGCCAUGUCUGCUGCUUCUAUCGGAUUUUCCGAUCAUGGAGUCCCAGCUGCGAGUCCGAAUGCUUUCAUAUUCCCUAGCAUGCCCGUUGAGUCGCCCUCAGGCUGGGACGAUCCAUUUGCCGAGAUCACUGAGCAAGACUUGCCCGCCUUGGUAGAAAGCACCGACAUCUGGCCAGCGAAAGUUAACGAGACGGCGUUGCUGACCUGGAUCGAUGUGUACUUCAAGCGUCUCCAUCCGACGAUACCCAUACUUAAUCGGACAACCAUGUAUUGUGAUAUGCUGCUUCGCAAGCACCGUACCAAUGCACAGUACGGCGCUAUGUUGCAGAUCCACGAACGAGCUUCGAUGCCGUCGCGAUCAGUUCAAGCCCGCAUGCUAAUGGACGAAUGCGUGAAGAUGCGAAGCAGCGCGGACUUUGGCGAAUAUCCAACCAUCGAGAUGGUCUUGGCUAGCUUCUUCCUUUUCGCAUGCCUCUUUGGCAGCAGCCAGCACAAGGCAGCACGACAUCGACUCCGCGAAGCAGUGGACCUUGCCCAUUCGCUGGGGCUACACCUGCCAACUUCAUAUGCUGGAUUGAGCGACACCGUACGCGAACAAUGGGUGCGUACAUACCUCGUCCUAUCAGUGACGGAACGAGCGUAUGCUUUACAGCAGAACCCUGCGAUUAGCUUUCGUGGCCAACCAGGUGUGACAGCGCGCUUCAUGCAAGCAUUCGACCCAUCUGCUACCAGCGAGUAUAUCGCUUCGCUGAUCUUUAGAGAGCAGACAGACGCUGUGGGUAUGACCGGCCUGCUCUAUUUGAUGGACUCUUUCGAUGCAAUCGACGAGCGCAUCACGGACUGCUGGAGCGGCUACUGCAGCUACAGCGAUGGCAUGUGCGAGACCUUUGACCGCCGGCGAGCGCUGCAGAUGUUUCGAGCUCAGCGCAGAGUGAGAGAAGCUUGUAUCUCAGGAAACAUCUCGUUCGCGCCAACUGUGACACCUUUGCCACUAGCGCAACUCUUGGAGACACAACGUGCAGAUAUCUCUGUGACACAACUCUGGCUGCUGAACAGGUUGUGGCAGCUUUGUCUCACGCAUCAGCUCCUGCGAGAUGUAUCGGAGCAUUCUGAGCUCCGCUAUGACUUUGCUUGCGAGAUCGCCAGUGCACUCCUAGAUUGCUGUAACAAGCUCACGCUCGCGGCCAUGGAGGUCCAUGGAGUUGGAUUUGCCGAGAAGAUCUUUGAUGUCGGUAUCGGCUGGGUGACUGCCCUACAGAGUUCUUCGCAGCUGCGUGUUGACACUGCCUGGUCGCGAGCCGAAGACGACAGCGUGCCAGGUUCGCAUGAUUCUCAGGCUCCGAUCAAAGUAGCGGAGCUUCCGGAAAGGCUGCGAGCAUUACUACAAGACUUUCGUGGAGGAGACCAUCAAUACGUAAGCAGGCUCGAUGUCGCUCUGUCCGGUGUGUCGUCGUACUACAGUUGA